CUCUUCUCUGCUCCAGUUCCGUCGCUCAGCCCUCCUUCCUUUGAAGCGGCUCUCCUCCUCCAUGGCCCUGAUUGUGACUGCUCCUCCGUCACGUUUCAGGCCGCCUCCAGAUCCGCCGCCGCGUAAGUCUCCUCCGCUUGAAGCUCCCUCUCCCAUCGAUCCACCCGAACCGUCAGACCCUCCUGACAUUUCCUUGCUCCUCGCUCUUCCUCGAAACCUCAUCUCCUCCUCCGGUCCGUCUCUCCAAGCUCUUGCCCGAAUCUUAGAUCUAAAGCUUCCUCUUCCAUGGAUGGUAUCUAAGAUAAGUGGUGGUGGUGUUCCGCUUGUGUCUACCGGUGAUAGUACUUUCGUCUACAGGCGGUUGCUCCGUGUGCUACUUGUCUGUGUGAAUUUGGAAUUGAGGACCAUAGCUUUAGCCGAUGAUUUGAGAGAAAAAUUCAUUGGUAAAGUUAGAUGGAUGAAUAUGAUUAUGGCGGGUUCAGAUUAUCCGUUUGUCUCCUGUUUGGAGCAGUCUCUUUUCCCAAUAUUUCCUCUUGUAUGGAGUGAAUUGGAUGAACAAGCGUCGUUGGUAUUGCAAGGAUCUUCCUCCCAGCGAUUGCUCUCCUCUGCGUUUGGUGCAGUAUGUGUGGUCCUAUGGGUUACACUAGAUGUGAUCUUCCAAGAAGCUUUUGAAACCGUUGUCAUGCGAAUUCUUAUGGUUCCUUGUUAUGAUUUGUAUCGCCAUCCUAUCGUUUAUUUUACCAGCUCUUUGGUUUGUUUGGCUCUAUGUAGCUUUGUUGUAUCCUCAUUUGAAGGAGUUUAAACUUUUCUAAUUUAUAUAC